AUGCAUGUUGGUCACUUACGCAGCACUCUUUUAGGCGAUUGUCUUUCCCGUGUUCUAGAGUAUUGUAAGCACGACGUGAUUCGUAUUAAUCAUAUUGGAGAUUGGGGAACCCAAUUUGGAAUGUUGCUGUGUUACCUAAAAGAGAUCAACUCCUCAAACGGGAAUUCCUUAUCAAUUGAAGAUCUAACAGCGCUGUACCGAGCUGCUAAAGUCCGAUUUGACGAGGAUCCCACAUUUCGACUCCACUCUCAUCAAGAGGUGGUGAAUUUGCAAAAGGGCGAGCCAUGGGAACUAUCAGUAUGGAAGCAGUUGUGUGCUUUAUCAUGCCAAAUGUAUCAAACAAUUUACCAGCGUCUUGGAAUCGACCCUCGCCUGAAAACACAGGGAGAAUCGUUCUAUAACCCUUUUCUUCCUGAAUUAGUCAAAGAACUCGAGUCGAAGAACCUUCUCACCGACCAAGAAGGAUCCAAAGUGAUGUUCGUGCCCAACUUCGAUGUCCCUCUGAUCAUCCAAAAGAAAGACGGAGGGUUUGGCUAUGAUUCUACCGAUUUGAUGGCACUCAAGUACCGCACUCUUGUCACCAAAGCCGACUGGAUCAUUUACGUCGUGGACUCCGGGCAGUCGCUCCACUUCCAGCAGCUGUUCGAGGCUGGGCGAAAAGCUGGCUGGGCACAGAAGACUCGCCUGGACCACGUUGCGUUCGGCCUGGUGCAAGGAAAGGACAAGAAGAAGUUCAAAACCCGGUCAGGGAAGAAUGUCCGAUUGACGGAUCUCCUGGACGAGGCCUGUGAACGAGCGACCGCGAUUUUGAGGCAGCGCGUGGAGAGCGGGCUGAGCAAUCUCUCGGAGGAGGAGGCAAUCGUCCAGACAGCCACCCAGCUGGGAAUUGGGGGCGUGAAGUACUUUGAUCUUCGCCAGAAUCGAUUGUCCGAUUAUGUUUUCAGCUUCGAUCGGAUGCUUUCGCCGGAGGGAGACACGAAUGUCUACUUGCAAUACACGCACGCGCGGUGUAUGUCCAUUCUGCGCAAAGCGAACAUGGAUCUAAACGGAUUUAGAGAGUGUGGAAACAUUUCUUUGUCGCAUCGUUCCGAGUGGAGCCUUGCGUGCUCCAUUCUGCGUUUCAAUGACGCAGUCGAGAAGGUAGCGAAGGAUUUAAUGCCCAAUGUUCUGUGCAAGUACCUCUAUGACCUUUGUAUUUCGUUGAAUGCAUUCUAUAGAGAUUGCCGUGUAAUCGGAACUCCUGAGCAAAAUAGCCGGUUACUCCUUAUUAUGGCUGCAGAAAAAGUAAUGCGUCAAGGAUUGAAUCUUUUAGGAAUUGAUGUGAUAGAUGUGGUUUGUAAUGUUUGUUAA